GUUGGGUGCCCCGCAAUAUUUCGGGACACUUCCGUUGGAAGGAGAUGUCCGUCCAGGAACCACAUUGCCUCCAAACAUGCCGACUGCGAGACGAUUGCGCAGCCGUCCAAUACAAGGAGGACACUUGCAGGUUUAUGGUCAGUGAUGGUAAAGAAACAUUUUUGGACGGUCAGGUGCUGGUGCGGCUGAACAAUUGCUCAGAGCAAGAUGCUAGCCUUAACUUGACCGUGCCUGGAGCACAGUAUCUUCAAGGAGAAUUCGGAGUGAUGAACUUCUACCAGAAUGAUGCCUCGUAUUCUCGUGCCGGAUCGCUUCCUGAGAGACAGUUGGUGUUGGGUCGGAGACCGAAUGUGCAACGAAUCCCUGAAUCUUGUGCAAAGUCAUUCUGGUUCCUCCUCCACAUUAACUCCUCCGACUUCGAAGAUUCAACGUUAAUCAAUGCGCCAGAGUUCUUUGGGGAUACCAUCGCUUGUAUUGACUCCGACGUGGUCAGCAAGGCCUUCAAGCAUGGCCAAGAUGCCUUCGACUUGCGCUUGCUGCCAAGAGAGGUUGAAUCAACUCCCCUCUAUGAUCAGCCUCCUGCACUGCAACACGGCACACUGGCUUUGGGGGUGCCACCCUGCGAGAAGCCAAGCCAGGACUUGCUCUUGGGGACCUUGAGCGAACCUGGCAUUUAUUCAUUGCACCCAUGCGAAUGCUUCGGGGCAGCUUAUGCAAGCGUCGAGCCUGUGCACGAAGACUCUGAUGCAGCGGUGCCACGCAAUCCGCAGGGCUACUUCAACAACGGCUCUGUUUCUGACCAGCUCUUAUUCUCCGGCCCGUACACCUGCGAAGAGUCUGCCUCGGUCGGGCAUUUCAGCCACCUGGAAAUGGACGAAUGUCAAAGGGCCUGUGUUUCCAAAUCUGAGUGUCAGUUCUACUUGUUUGGAAAGACUGCCCAGACCUGCACCUUGUUCCAGAGCUGCAGCUACAUCCAAGAUGUUGGCCUGCAGAUCACGAACGAGGUCUAUGGAAUGUCUCCUGAGUUUGGUUCUUAUUGCCGCAUCGCAAACCCAGAACAAUGUUGGCAAGAGAUCAAGCGCCGAAGCAUGCUGAGUUUCACUCCAUCGAAUUUGCCCAGCUGCCUUUUCCAAGAGCAAUAUGAGGCUUGCGAUGCGCUUCAGCUUCUUCUUGGAAAGCAAGAUGGUCCUUGCAGCCGCUGCCAGUACAUUGAUGCCUCAAGUGCAUUUGCUGCGGUUGGUCUCAAGAAGGUUCCACCCCCAGAAGAUUUUCCAUCGGCCUCACAGAUUAUGGUCUCUUGCAAUGACACUUCCAGAAUGUUUAGCAGGCUGCAGAAUGGUCUUCGCUGGGAAGGUCCAAUGCAAGGUGAUGCAACCUUUACGUGCGUGAGCGGUGAAUGGGUUGGUGAACUUGGCCCUUGGCAAUAUCUGACGAACUUGACGUGCCAAGCUUAG